UCUGCCGCCGCCCGGCCCGCGCCGCGCCGCUCGCUGCCGCCGCUCGCUGCCGCCGCCCGCGCCCCGCCGAAGAUGGCCGGCUGGCAGAGCUACGUGGACAACCUGAUGUGCGAUGGCUGCUGCCAGGAGGCCGCCAUUGUGGGCUACUGCGACGCCAAGUACGUCUGGGCGGCCACGGCCGGCGGCAUCUUCCAGAGCAUCACGCCGGUAGAAAUAGAUAUGAUUGUAGGGAAGGACCGGGAGGGUUUCUUCACCAAUGGCCUGACCCUCGGGGCAAAGAAGUGCUCUGUGAUCAGAGACAGCCUCUACGUGGACGGGGACUGCACGAUGGACAUCCGGACGAAGAGCCAAGGUGGGGAGCCGACGUACAACGUGGCCGUGGGCAGAGCUGGUCGAGCAUUGGUUAUAGUCAUGGGAAAGGAAGGUGUCCAUGGAGGGACACUCAACAAGAAAGCAUAUGAACUGGCUUUAUACCUGAGGAGGUCUGACGUCUAAGCAGCCUCUCCCCAUCCACCUAGCAACUGUCUUCAUCACCACCCAAUUGUGCUCAGUGCUACCAGACUGUAGAUGGUAGUUUGUGUUUUUUAUUUACCCAUUUUCUAAUGUUGUAAUUCUGGCUACCCUUUGUUCAUUUGUAUGUUAACCGCUGUGUGUAACUGAGUCCCAUAUCUGGCACCACUGCUGCACCACAAAGAUGAUAUGCAUGAUACCAGAAAAACUCUUGGGAGGGGAAUACGCCAAGCGUAGGCUUUGUUUUGUCUCAGCAAUUGGUGUGUACUGAGAACUAAAACAACUUCGUAAAUACUAAACAAGGUGCCGACUGUACAAUCUAAUUUGAUCAAUGCCUCUUCAGCACUUUGAGCAAUUACACAGCUCACAAGUCUUCCUUUCACAGAGCAUGUUUGGGAGGAAAAAGUGCAUGCAUAUCUUCUGUUCUUCUCGUGGUGUUUCUUUGUUUUGUUUUUUAAUCCACGUUUGCUUACACCUAUUUUAUAGUGCCUGGUUUGUUUAACCAAUUUGCCACUCAGAAGCUAUUAAUGUUAAAUUAGUUUUGUUGUUGCACUUUGCUGUAGGCUUGUCUUUCAUUUUUUCUUCACGUCUGAAGCUUGUACUGCUCGUUAAGUGCAAUCACAAAGCUAUCAAAGGGUACAGAUGCACUUCCUCCCAUGACCUUACAGCCACCAUCCCGAGUGACUCCCCGGGGACAUUCCAUCAUUGCAAUAGCUCAGGCACUUUUUUUUUUUUUUUUUUUUGCCAGCUCCUGUUCUGUAGUUGAACUAUAAAAGGCUGCCAUUAUGGACAUUAGAUAUCCCAACAUAACCAUCUGGAGCGUGUCUGGUUUCAGUUUUUCAUAGGACCAAUUUUAAUUUGCAGCUUGGGGUUGUGGGUUGGGUGGUUCUGUUUUUAUAUAAAACUGCAGUGUCAUUGUGGAGAACUGCUGCCUUCGGCUGCUGUGGGAGCGCUGACCGACUCCGGUCUUUCUGCCAGAUCACUUGCUGGUUACAGAGUCUCGCUGCUCCAAAGCCGCUGUUUGGAUGAAGGCUGGUAGUUUGAAAGCUAACCUGUCAAAAUGAUGCCAUUUCAAAUUUAAAGCUCUCAUUUGGCCUGUCACACCCUUGCUGCAGAAAUCACGGAGUGAACUGCCUUGUGCGCCCAUCUGACGUGUGUAACCAAAUGAUCCCUUCAGGCACAGUACUAACUUGUAUGUCCAUUUAAAAAGAACUACAGAACUCUGUAUACAAAAGAAUAAAUGGGAGAUGGUAUUGGUUGGAAUAACUGACUUGGCUGUCUUGUGAUGAAUUUUUUUAAUAUGUAUUCUGUGCCAUACUUAUUGUUUAAAAAAAAA